GGGCCAAGGGAUGAGCUGAGGCCCUCCUUUCCAAUGGCAUCGCCCCCUGGUCUGGAACUGAAGACACUGAGCAAUGGUCCCCAGGCCUCCAGGAGACUGGCUGCUCUGGGCCCGGUGGCUCCACCAAGGGACGGUGUGGAGAAUGCCUGCUUUUCCUCGGAGGAGCACGAGACCCAUUUCCAGAACCCCAGAGAAGCGGGAAUAGGCAGCUCCCCUAGCCUCCCAGGGGGUGUCACCUUACGGCCCCGAUCCCAGCGGGAUGAUACGUCCCUGCAUUCGGAAGAAGGGCCAGGCCUGGAGCCCGUGAGCCGCCCAGUGGAUUACGGCUUUGUCUCUGCCCUGGUUUUCCUGGUGAGUGGGAUCCUCCUGGUGGUGACAGCGUACGCCAUCCCCCGCGAGGCCCGCGUCAACCCGGACACAGUGACAGCGCGGGAGAUGGAAAGCCUAGAGAUGUACUACGCCCGCCUGGGCUCCCACCUGGACAAGUGCAUCAUUGCGGGCCUGGGGCUGCUCACGGUGGGCGGCAUGCUCUUGUCGGUGCUGCUCAUGGUCUCCCUGUGCAAGGGCGAGCUGUACCGCCGGCAGACCUUCGUCCCUGGCAGGGGCCCCAGGAAAACCUACGGCUCUAUUAACCUGCGCAUGAGACAGCUCAGUGGGGAUGGGGGCCAGGCCCUGGUGGAGAAUGAAGUUGUCCAGGUCUCAGAGACCAGCCAUACCCUCCAGGGCUCUUAA